CUUCCUCAUCGACGGCGGUCAAGCAGGACUACAACGAGUAUAUGUGGACUAUGCGUAAGGAGUUCCACGAUCCGGAACCAUUCGUAAGUGAAACAUCGUCCGCCAUCGUCGAACGGGAUAACCUGGCCAACUGCGGCCGUGAGCCCACGACGAACGGAGUCAAAGCACGAAAACGGGAUGCCAUCGAACCAUCCGCACCACGACCAGCAGCACGGCGAUCAACAUCAAUGCAACUGUAGUAAAACGGUCACCGCGUCGCAAUCGUUGGACGAGCUGGAGUUUGAGCGGGGCAUUUGGACUGCCGCAAUUGACAACGAAGAACACAAGCUUCGAUCGUUGAUCGCUAAGGGACACCUUCACGACAGGGAUAAUUCUGGCUAUACGGCCCUUCACUACGCAGCCCGCAGCGGCCAUCUGUCGAUCUGUCGGAUACUGCUGGAUGCCGGCAUUGGCGUUGACGAACAAACUCACGGAGGAGUGACCGCACUGCACAGGGCCGCCAUGAUGGGUCACCUAGAAAUUGUCAACCUCCUGCUAACUCGAAAAACGGAUCCGUUCGUUCAGGACAGUGAUGGAAAAACUGCUCUCCACAGGGCAGCCGAAAAGUGCUAUCCCGAGGUGUGUCGAAGCUUGCUCCAGCACAGUCCCAGCCUUGCGACGGUCCGUGACUGCAAAGGAAAAGUCCCCCUCGAACUGGUGAGUCAACAAUCGACUCACUACCAACGAUUGAUCGAACAGUUCGACGCGUGUUGUGGGUAAGAUCGUUCAUUUUCGUUAAUCCAUCUUUCCCCUCCCUGCAUACAAUACGUUUGGUUCUUUCGGUGUACCUACGUAGAAACGUAAAAAGAAUACAUAUUUUGUGUUAUAAUAAUCAAGCAAAAUAAAAUAGAGGGAAAAAUGCAUCAAACAAUAGUCUACAAUUUGUGAUAGUUGCUCAGCGAUGUUGUAAUUUAACUAGUAAGUGUUUCUCGAUUCAGGUUAGGUGAUUAUGCCACACAGAAAAGUAACACACACCAACUGGUACAUCUUGUACACGGCAACCGCAAAAUACCCAAUAACGACUACAAAGUAAGCAUUUCCCGUUAGGACUUAUGAGUAAUUACAACUAUAAAAAUGAGUAGUAAGUAUUCAUUUAUGAGCAACAAAUACACAUGAAUGGGUAACUUUUUAACUCAUUUAAUGGGUAGCCUCAGUUUCCCACGAAAAUGUAUACGUUUGUAGUCGAUAUUGAAACUUUUGUAGUCAUUAUUGGAGAUUUUGCGUGUACCAUGUAGUGGAAAAUCUAUUAAUCCAUCUAUUCACGCACCAAUUCUUCUAGAAGAAAGAUAUUUUUAAACAUUUUUUUAACGAAUUUGAAUUUUCAUUGACUGUUUUGAUUAUCACAACAUUUUGUCAUAUUAUGUAAAAAAAAAAGAGAGAUAAUCUAUUAUAUUAGACCUAUUAUCGAACCUAACGGACCGUUUCAUGGCAGAGAUUUAUGUAGCUAAGUGUGAUUUGCACACAAGAUUGUUUAAUUCGUGUAGUGAAUAUAAAUGUAUAGUGUA